CACAACAUCCUCCAACAGCCACCCUCACCCAACUCUUUGUCCUCCCAUUUUAUCUCUCAUUUUUUUUUUUCUUUCACUUUGUUUGAUCAUCAUGACUACCCUCUCCGAGGCCUACAGAGACCACCCUCUCCACCUCCACCAUAUCGCCCCCCUUGACUUUGCUGCCGUGCAGACCAUGCCCGACUCGCAUGUGUGGCGGCCGGAGUCUGACAACGAUUUCUCGUUGCAGGAAGAGUUGCCGCCCGAUGUGCCUAUUAUCGACCUCGCCGACCCCAAUGCGUCGAAGCUCAUACGGCACGCAUGCGAAGCGUGGGGUGUUUUCCAGCUAGUGAACCAUGGGGUGUCGUUGAGUCUGAUAGAGGAGGUUGAGAAUGAGGCUGGACGGUUCUUUGCCCUGCCGACUCCGCAAAAGUUGAAGGCCCUACGGACGCCGAGUGGGGCCACCGGAUACGGCGUCGCUCGGAUAACGCCGUUCUUCUCCAAGUACAUGUGGCAUGAAGGGUUCACAAUCAUCGGGUCUCCAGUCGAUCAUGUUAGGGAACUUUGGCCCCAUGAUCAUGAACGGUUUUGUGAUGUAAUGGAAAAUUAUCAGAAGGAUAUGAAGGGUCUAGCCGAGCGACUCACCCGCCUGAUCUUCGAGUCCCUGAACAUUUCCGAUGAAGAAAUAAGCUGGCUAGCUUCAAGCAAUGGCUCCGGCGGCGGAUCAUCAGCUGCCUCCACAGCUUUACAGCUAAACUCCUACCCUUCCUGUCCGGAACCAAACCAAGCCAUGGGUCUAGCCCCGCACACAGACACCUCGCUCUUGACAAUACUCCACCAAAGCGAAAUCAGCGGCCUCCAAGUCUUCAAAGACGGGCUCGGAUGGGUUCCAGUUCCUCCGGUCGCCGGCGCAUUUGUGGUCAACAUCGGCGAUAUUCUGCAUAUUCUGUCGAACGCUCGAUUUCAGAACGCUCUUCAUCGUGUGGCGGCGAACGGGACCAGGCAGCGGUUCUCGGUUGCCUUCUUCUAUAACCCGCCGGCCGAUUACGUCAUGUCGCCUUUCUAUAAGGGUUCGAGUUCAGGCCAAGUUCCUCGUUACCGGUCGGUGGCAAUGAAAGAGUAUGUUGGUUUGAAGGCCAAAAAUCUGGAGAAUGCCCUUUCGAUUAUAACAACAUAAACGUUAAAAGUUGCGUGCAUGAGCCUCGAGGCUUUUGUCAUGUUGACAUAAACGUUUUCUGGAAAGGCUAUCCUGGAUCAGGUUUCUCUUAGCUAAGCUAUCUACUACUACUACUACUACUAUUAUUAUUAUUAAUUUUUUUUUUUUUUUUUUGAAGUUGUUGUUGGGGUGUAUAGGCUACGGAUGGAGCCGUUGUAUUUAAUUUUCAUUAAAAUAUUAAUUAAAUGAUUAAUUUUAUUGGUUUGUAUUAGUUUAAGUUUUGGGACAA